UCAACCGCGGCCCGGAUCCCCGCUGCCCGGCUGUGGCGUCACCUGGAAGUAGUCACGCUGGGCGGGAUGACCGGAACAACAAGAUGGCGGAGAAUGAGGAGUUUCGGCAGGAGUCAGUCCUGUAACACAGACUUCAGCCUGUUGACUGGUGAAACAGCCGCGUGGAACAACACCAAAACCAGCAUGAAUCUCCAGCAACCAGCCCCUCUCAUCCCCCCCGUCCAUCCUGAUGUGCAGAUGAAGCCCCUGCCCUUCUAUGAUGUCCUGGAUGUCCUGAUCAAGCCUUCAAGUCUAGGUGCAAGUACUGCACAGAGGUACCACCAAGAAAAAUAUUUCAUCUUUGCCUUGACACCACAGCAAGUUCGAGAAGUAUGCAUAUCCAGGGACUUUCUACCUGGUGGCAGAAGAGACUAUAUGGUUCAAAUUCAACUGAGGUUUUGCUUGUCAGAGACAAGUUGCCCUCAAGAGGAUAAUUACCCCAACAGUCUUUGUAUAAAGGUCAAUGGGAAACUUUUUCCUUUGCCAGGUUAUGCACCACCACCAAAAAAUGGCGUGGAACAGAAGAGACCAGGAAGACCUCUGAACAUUACCUCCCUUGUCCGACUCUCAUCUGCAGUACCAAAUCAGAUUUCAGUGACAUGGGCACCUGAAAUUGGAAAAACCUAUUCUAUGUCUGUGUACCUGGUGAGGCAGCUGACAUCACCACUGCUGCUGCAGAGGCUGAGGAUGAAGGGCAUAAGAAACCCAGACCACUCCAGAGCACUAAUUAAAGAGAAGCUGACAGCAGAUCCAGACAGUGAAAUUGCUACAACAAGCCUUCGAGUCUCACUUAUGUGUCCGCUGGGUAAGAUGCGACUGACAGUGCCGUGCCGGGCAGUGACCUGCUCUCACCUGCAGUGUUUUGACGCUGCCCUCUACCUGCAGAUGAAUGAGAAGAAACCAACUUGGAUCUGUCCUGUGUGUGACAAGAAGGCUGCAUAUGAGAGUCUAAUCAUUGAUGGUUUAUUCUUGGAGAUCCUGAACGACUGCUCUGAUGUGGAUGAAAUCAAGUUUCAGGAGGAUGGAACCUGGUGUCCCAUGAGACCAAAAAAAGAGUCAGUCAAGGUCCCCUCUCAGUCAGUUCCAAAAAUUGAGACUCCUUUACGCCAGCUGUCAGUGGUCCCUCAUUCUACUGAACCGAGCACCACCAAGAAGGCUGAUGUGAUUGAUCUUACUCUGGAAAGCUCCUCCUCUGAUGAUGAAGAGGACACAGACCCUCCACUUAAGAAACGCUGCGUUUACAUUUCAAAGAACGAGGAGAUGCAUGCAAAGGGAGUGUUGUCCUACCAGCCCACUGUGCGCAUGCCAAACGUCCAGUCCCUGGACCCAUCUUAUCUGACCUCUACACUUGCUGACUAUGCAGUCCCCUUCCACCCAUCCACCCUGGCUACCAUCCCCACAGACAUGCAGAGUCUGGAUUUGUUUUCCUUAAUUCAAGCAGAUCCUCAGCAUUAUCGGCCUCAGAUGUUCCUGGAUAACCUGACAAGCAUGCAAACUGCAGCUGCAGCCAGCACCAGCUCAGCCCUGGUCUCCUCCAGCAGCCACUAUGAUACCAGCACUCACGCUGCCAGCUCCAUCCACGAAACCCGGGUCAUCACAGGAGGUGGAGGGGCCACUGGAGGAGGGACUGACAGUGGCAUAUCAGAUAUCAUUUCACUAGACUGAACAGUGUUUCACUGGACCUUUUCAGGCCUGUUUUGUGGCCUUUUUAGUCUGGACUACAUGUACAUGACAUGUUAAGUUUUAUAAGAAAGCACCCAAAUUGGUAUAUAUGAGCACUUUGAUGGCCUGAACAUUUUCAUCAGGCAUGUAUCUUUUUGCCCUUUGGUUUUCAAAUGCAAAUUGAGUUUCAUCCUGUGUGCCACAGUAGGAUGAUAAAAGGUUUGAUGGCCAAGGACAAAGUGUGUGUCAGUGAUUGCCAUCUCUUUUGAAGUUCUCUAGGCUUCAAGCAUAUGAGAAAUAUUCUUGUUUAAUCACAUUAGGUCUAAACAAAAGGGAGUGUUUUAGCCCUAGUCUAAUCUAGGAUUCCCUGGUGUUUCAUCUGCUACCCCUUUAGGAAAAUCUUGGUCUUGCUAGAUGCUCUGUGCAAUUGUGUGUCAGGGAGCAUACACUCAGUGGAAUCAGUGGAACUGGCAAUCAUUUCACAUUACAGAGAGUCAUUUAUGUCAGCAUUCAUAUAAAGAUAUUGCCUUAAUUAGUAGUUUGUAUUUCAUCAUGAAGUUUCACAGUGACCUGUACAGCUAGUCAGCUCUCCAUAUAUAAAUGCAAAAAUGCUUUAUAAAACCUUCCAUCCUCAGCUCUGCAGAGGUCUUCCUGGCACAAAGAUAAAUAUCUGUAACACUGUAAAAAGUUUCUCCAGUGUUGGAAAUACUUAAAACAUUGAGCUCUUAUUUAUACCAAUUUGUUUGCUUGCAUGUACAUGUAAAUCUGACCUCAGUCUAUUCUGGCCAGGUCAACCUGAACUGUGUGCCUCAUUAGCAUGGAACAGAGUCAGAUUGAAUAGAGGAAGAACUUGGACUCACAGCAAGAUCUUGUUUUAUACAACAUCCUUGCAUGUGAAUGAAUGCUUGGAAGUAGGAAGCCCCUCUGUGAAUAAGGCUUGUGACUGAUAAACACACCAUGGAUGGGGCUGUUUCUGUCUGUUUUUACAGUCUGAGUCUGAUGGCUUUCUAAAGCCCUGUUUUGCCUCUUCAUUCACUGAUGGAAACACUGAAGGCAGGGCAGUAAUUCCAAUGCUUUCAUUUGUUCUAACAGUUGUCACUCAGUACUUUGAUGGGGCUUAUUACAGGGCAGCUUUUAUGUCAUACCAACGUAAAAAUGUGUUCCUUUAAUAAUUUAAAUUUAGUAAUUUAGUCAGAGCAAUAAUAAUUUAACUAGUAUUAGGGUAAAUAAAGCUGUAAAUGUAGUUAUGAUACUCAGUAAAUGAUUCCACUUGGUCCAUGCCACUCUGCCACUCUGCCUUCCAAAUCAAAUUUCUUAACAUAACAUGCAAGCAUGACUUUGUUUAGUUGGAGAAGGAAUGGUUGAAAAUGUUAGCAAAUACACCUGUUUGCUUUCUUUCAGAGUCAGAUGUUUAGAUGGUCAGUCGCAUGUGGUUAGCCUAGCUUUGCAUAAAGACUGGAAGCAAGGGCAAACAGCUAGCCUGACUUGGUCAGUUCAAAAAUACACCCACUGGUACUCGUUCAUUAGCUUGCUGUCAAUCAGAAAUCUAAGAGCCACAGUGUGUGGUUUUAGGGGGAGUUCUGUGCUGUAUUUAACACACAGGUAUGACAUUGAUAUCCAUCUUCUUAUCUCAAUCUUGGGGAAUUAAGUCAGUAGUGUAUUUCCCAAAAUAUUGAACUGUUCCUUUGAGUUUUUUCACAAAUGUGUGCAUCAGCUUUGACAAAAGAUGAGAUGGUUCAGUGGAUUUUGAGAUAAUGCAAAGUGUAAAGGUCAUCCUGCCAUAAAUCUGACUCUCUUCCCUUCACCUAACAUCUAAAAGUCCUCUAGGUAAUUCUUCUCAACUCUGAUCUCUCUGCUAUUUUCAGCUUAUGUUAUAUGUUGAUGAUGCUUUGUUUUGGUAUGAGAUGGAGGAUGUGACAUGAAAAUUUGCUCAUUGUCAGCUCAAAGUCUACUCUCUUACAGUUGGCAGUAAACAGCAACAGAAAGAAUGAUGAACAGGGCAGCUACUGUAUCAUAACUACAUUAUCAGGAUGGCGUGCUGUUUAUAUGGACCCCCAGCCAUCAGGAGCUCAAUCUCAGGGACCUACACUUUGCUUUUCUGGGCUUAACUGACUCAUUGAAUUAAAGUACAGACACAUAGAAAUAACACUGUCAGCAUCUGUAACUGAAAUGCAGGUGGUGAUGUAAAGGCUAGGCUAAUGUAUAAUGUUUUUAGGUCAUUGUAUCUGUUUUAUUCAGACAUCAUGGUAAUACAUUUUGAUACAUGUUGUGCUACGGGUCACUUCUUCCAAAUUACAAAAAGAAAGCUCAGUUAGCUCCAGUGCUCUGUAUUUGCCGGUAUGGUUGUCUUUAUGUGAACCGCUUGUGAGAUAUCUGUCCCUAUUACUGUGGAUACUUCACAGACUGGAGAUAGUCUUGACUAAAAUGACUGUAAAACUAAAAGUGAAAACUGUCAGAAAAACUGAAAAUCCAUUCAUCUUCAUUGUUUUGGGAUGAAGGAAAAAAUCUGAACAACAGACAUUUCACAAUCUGGACAAGUAAAACCAAAACAAUCUACAUAAAAACAUACCACUGCUGGUAGGUGAGAAAAUAUGUUUUUUUGUAAUUUUGGUGAGCCAGCCCCUGGUAAAACAAAGUUCAAAAACACCAUGAAAUUCUUCUCCCACCUGUGCAGCACCUUUACUCAGAAAAACAACAUUAUUUGAGAGCAUUUGUGUGGAGGUCAUUGUUUUGUGAAAUGACUGAUUAGACUUACGCUGUCUCUGUUUACCUGCAGGCAGAUGUUGGUGAUGUGGGGCCACAGGGUUCCGUGCCAAUAGUUUAUUUUAUUUUUUUGGUCUCCUCAUGCUUUGUAGACUUUGAAACAUAAACUAGAUCACUUGGAUGUUUCUCUUUUGACACCAUGUUAACAGACUCUUUUUUGUUUGCUUCGCACACACAAAGUUUAUUGCAAAAUUGUCUUUGUUUUCCUGUAUCUGUGAACUUGAUGCAUUUUGAAUUGUGGUACAUGUGUGUGUGUUUUUUUAUUAAAAGGUUUCUUUUUUAAUUCAGCUAAAA